CGCAACCUCCAGGGACUGAGACAGCUCCCUGGGUGGCUCAUCUGAAGCCCUUCAUAUCAGCAGCUUACUCAAAAAUGGCUCAGAAUGAAAGGUCUUUGUACUAUAAUGGUAAUUUUUCUAAACAUUUGAAAUUGUCUCAAAAUUAUAAAAGAAGCAGAUUUGUAUACACACACACAUACAAACACUAAACAUGUAGAUACAUAUUUUAAAAACAUGAGGAUGUGUGUCAUACUAUACAAAGCCUAUAACCUGAGUUUUUCACUUAACAGUAUGCUAUAAACAUCAUUGUAUUAGUAAUAUAUGCAGUCUGUUUAACCAUUUUUAAAAGCAAAUAUGCUUCAUUGUAGGUAUAUACUUUAAUUAACCAAGCUUCCAAAAAAAAUCAUUUCCCACUAUUAUUUGUUUGCUUGCAUGUGUUUUCAAUGACAAUAUAAGUUAUAUUGGUUUUGGUGGCCUUGCUUGGAAUUUAAACACCAGAGAGCCUAUAUUAAGCAAUCCUACAUUUAGUGGGAAGUUUUACUACAUCACUACAUGUACUGUAAGGUCAACUAGUUUCUGAUUCUAAAGUUUUAUGAUUUGUAGCAUUGUUUCCAUGGGAAAGUGCAUUCCACAUUCUAAACAGCUGAGUUUUGGAACUCAGCUCCUUUGAGAGUUGUAGACCACUCAGACACAAAAUUAUCUUUAAAUAUACAGGUAGGUGUGUGUAAUUUGUGUUAUAUUUAGAUAAUAAUAAUAAAACUCACUGCCAUUUGAGCCCUUAUUAUGUGUUAAGGGCUAUAAUAAGAGCCUUCAUACAUUCACUUGUUCCCCUCUUCACAAUGAUUCUUUGAGGUAGGUUUUAUUAUCUCCAUUUUACAGAUGAGGAAGCUGAGGCCCAGCAGAGCUGAGACGUGACUGCAGAGCCAUCCAAACCUAGUCCUGUGACCUUUCUCUGGUGCCUGAUACCUCUCAGUGUUGGGUUUGAGGGUCUUUUCUUUUUCUGCUUCAGCUCCAAAGGUCCUUCUAGGAGAGAGGUGAAAGAAACCUGGGAAAGAAAACGGUCUCAGCAAUGAGUACGCCACCCAUCACUACCAACAACAGAUGACUUGCCAUUUCAUUUACAAAGAUGUCGUCCGCUGCUGAAAAUGGAGAGGCAGCACCCGGAAAACAAAAUGAAGAAAAAACCUAUAAAAAGACUGCAUCAUCUGCUAUUAAAGGUGCUAUUCAGCUGGGAAUAGGAUAUACAGUGGGUAAUCUCACUUCCAAGCCAGAGCGAGAUGUUCUUAUGCAAGACUUUUAUGUGGUGGAAAGUGUGUUCCUACCCAGCGAAGGGAGCAAUCUGACCCCAGCACAUCACUACCCAGACUUUAGAUUUAAGACAUACGCUCCAUUAGCAUUCCGAUAUUUCAGAGAACUUUUUGGUAUCAAGCCUGAUGAUUACUUGUAUUCCAUCUGUAGUGAACCUCUAAUAGAACUGUCUAACCCUGGAGCCAGUGGAUCCUUGUUUUUUGUGACCAGUGAUGAUGAAUUUAUCAUCAAAACAGUUCAGCACAAAGAAGCUGAGUUUCUUCAAAAGCUACUGCCGGGCUAUUACAUGAAUUUAAACCAGAAUCCAAGGACUCUCUUGCCAAAAUUUUACGGACUGUAUUGUAUGCAAUCAGGAGGAAUUAAUAUCAGGAUUGUGGUGAUGAACAACGUUUUGCCACGCUCCAUGAGAAUGCACUUUACAUAUGACUUGAAAGGCUCAACGUAUAAGCGAAGAGCAUCUCGUAAAGAGAGAGAGAAAUCCAACCCCACGUUUAAGGACUUAGAUUUCCUGCAAGACAUGCAUGAAGGGUUGUAUUUUGAUACAGAAACAUACAAUGCGCUUAUGAAAACACUUCAGAGAGACUGCCGGGUGCUGGAAAGCUUCAAGAUCAUGGACUAUAGCCUUCUGUUGGGAAUUCACUUCCUUGACCAUUCCAUCAAAGAGAAAGAGGAGGAGAACUCACAAAAUGUGCCUGAUGCUAAGCGACCUGGGAUGCAGAAGGUUCUCUACUCAACAGCUAUGGAAUCUAUCCAGGGUCCAGGGAAAUCUGGAGAUGGGAUAAUCACAGAGAACCCAGACACAAUGGGGGGCAUUCCAGCUAAAAGCCAUAGGGGAGAAAAACUACUCUUAUUUAUGGGCAUUAUUGAUAUUCUACAAUCAUAUAGGUUAAUGAAGAAGUUAGAACAUUCCUGGAAAGCUCUUGUUUAUGAUGGGGACACUGUUUCCGUUCAUAGACCAAGCUUUUAUGCAGACAGAUUUCUAAAGUUCAUGAAUUCCAGAGUUUUCAAGAAAAUUCAAGCUUUGAAGGCCUCACCUUCUAAGAAACGAUGCAAUUCCAUCGCCGCCUUAAAGGCGACGUCACAGGAGAUUGUGUCCUCAAUUAGCCAGGAAUGGAAGGAUGAGAAGCGAGAUUUGCUGACUGAAGGACAAAGUUUUAGCAGCCUUGAUGAAGAAGCCUUAGGAUCCCGACACAGACCAGACCUGGUGCCUAGCACUCCAUCACUGUUUGAAGCUGCUUCCUUGGCGACCACAAUUUCAUCUUCUUCCUUAUAUGUCAAUGAGCACUAUCCACACGACAGGCCUACGCUCUAUUCAAACAGCAAAGGGUUACCUUCCAGUUCAACAUUUACCUUGGAAGAGGGGACCAUCUACUUGACGACUGAGCCCAACACUCUGGAAGUGCAGGAUGAUAAUGCUUCUGUGCUUGACGUCUAUUUAUUUUCUAGAGCUGCUGUGAGAAAGUACCCCAGAUUUUGUGGCUUAAACAGAAAUUUAUCAUUCUGGAGGCCAGAAGUUCAAGAUCAUGAUGUUGGCAGGAUAGGUUCCUUCUGAGGGCCACAAGGUAAGGAUCUGUUCCAGCCUCUCUCUCUGGUUUGUAGGUGGCCCUCAUCUCCCUGUGUCUUCAUACCACAUCUUCCCUCUGUACAUGUCUGUACCCACACAUUCGCCUUUCUAUAAGGACAUCAGUCAUACUGAAUUAGGGCCCAACCUGUGGCCUCAUUUUAAUCUGAUUGAUUACCUCUAUAAAGACCCUGUCUCCAAAUAAGGUCACAUUCUGUGGUGAUGACAGUUAGGACUUUUAACAUAGAAAUUUUAAGGGAACACAAUUUAGCUCAUAAUAGCUACUUGAUUUUGUAAAGAAAAAUGCCACCAAGGUAAGUGCUGAGAUAGAAAAGGCUUGA